GUUGACGCGCGUAUGUCGCCGUAAAAGCAUUCGUGGCAUCCGCCGCGACGCGAGGAUGAGCGCCGCCGAGACGUCGAUCUGCAUUUCGGUGCUGUGCAUCUACGUGCUCAGGGCGACACCGCCGCCCCGCGCCACCGGUCGUUUGGCUUACGCGAAGGAAGCUUCCUUGUCGAUCAUGCCGAGCGGGGAGACGCAGACGAAGCCAAUCGGCUCCAGCAUCAUCCUGACGUGCAAUCCGGAGGUCGACGACACGAAACUCAUCAGCGACAUGCAAUGGCUCGAUCCGCAGAAUCGUGUGAUCGAGUCUCUCAAACUCGUCGUCUUACCGAUCGCAAGCACGUUUACGGGCCAUUCGAAGCCAUCCAUGUACACGGAAUUGCACCAGGAUAACAAAUUGGCUCUGUUCUUCAACUCUCUGCAAGAGGAGCAAGCUGGGAAGUACACGUGCAAGGCCACUUACGCUAAUUCGGUAUUUCUGAACAAGUCUGUGACGAUCGACACCAUAGUUGCGAUCACAUGGGACAACGCACCACUCAAUCAAUACCCUAUUCUGGGACAAGACUCCUCUAUCCAAUGCAAAGUGCAUGCAAGGCCUUCGCCCUCCGUUGACUGGCUGUACAACGGUGAAUUAAUUAAGACGAACGACCACUACAUUAUUGACACGUAUGCGUUGAAGAUCAAGAACGUCCAAGAAUCUGACGACGGCAUCUACACUUGUCGGGCCUCCGUACUGGUUACUGGAGAACUCAAAGAACGACCCAUUCGAGUCGAGGUCCUCGUGAGACCAACGAUCGAAGAGCUCUCCAGUCCCGUGAACAUAAUCGAAGGGGAAGACGCGAAUAUACAGUGCAAAGCCCACGGCAAACCGCCGCCAAAGUUCACCUGGGUGAAAUCCCUGACGCAGCAGAAUCUAUCCAACGCGGAUCGCUUCGGGGUGGACGCGGAUACGGGGGUGUUGACGAUCACGAACGUGAAUCGCGACGAUGCCGGCGAGUACGAGUGCAUGGCGACCAACCACGCCGGGACGGCGAAAACGAACAUAAGGGUGAACGUGAUAGUGAAACCCAAGAUCAUGGAGUUUUUAAACACCACCAUAGUGCAGGGCAAGGAGGCGUCCAUCGUUUGCAAAGCUUUCGGUCGACCACCGCCCCAGGUGAUGUUCAGGAAGCACACCUCCGACAAGCCCUACGCGAUGGGGUUGCAACCCGACGACGACAGGAUAACUGUGACCAACGUCGCCGACGACAUGACCGGGGAGACCGUGGGAAUGCUGACGAUUCAGGAGACUCUGAGAUCAAACGAUGGUUUGUACGAGUGCAUCGCCGAGAAUACCGGCGGCGAGGCGCGCAGAAACGGUCAUCUGACGGUCGAGUUCCCACCUUCGUUCGCUUCCAUGUCAAACAUGACCGUCUGGUCCUGGGAGCAGAGGCAAGUGAACAUCAGCUGCACUGCCGAGAGCAUACCCAACGCAACCAUUCGCUGGACGAUGCACGGCGAUCAUCCGGUCAACGACGACACGAUGAUCACGCAGCUGGGUCAGGGACCGAUCUCCACUCUGAUGAUCGUGCCUCUGGAUAGACGGUACUACACCACCUACAAAUGUAUCGCCUCGAAUCCUCACGGCACCAAGGAGCAUGGCAUCGAGCUCAGGGAGGCCACCAGGCCUGGCGAAGUGAUGCAGGCGAGAAUGGUCGAGAUCACCGCCACUACCAUCAGGUUUGAUCUGAUGCCACCAUCCACGCACCCCGAACUACCCGUGCGAACGAUCACUGUCCAGUACAAGGAGGGCUUGCAGACUUGGACGGAGGCUAGGAACAAAACAUGGUCCGUUGAUUCCCUGUACGUGAUCGAGGGCCUCGAGCCGCAGACCCAGUACGAGUUCCGUUUCGCGGCGAGGAACGAGGUGGGUUUGGGCAACUGGGGAGCGCAACUGCGCGAGAUGACACCGGGCAAGACGUUCCCCAACGAGCCGAAGAUAAUAAGGUCGAGCACCGGGGAGUACGAGGUAUCCAAGUUCAACGACCAAUACCAGUUGUCGUGGCUGGUGCCAGCCGACAACGGCGAGCCGAUCGACAUGUAUGAGAUCAAGUAUUGUCAAAUAAAGUACGUGUCUGACGAUUGGGAGUUGCUGGAGAACACCUGUCAAACGGAGAAGCUGAAGACGCAGGGAAGGACGAGGCACUAUUUGAAACACCUGAACCCGGACACGUACUACAAAGUGGAACUGAGGGCGCACAACGCGAUGGGUUACAGCAAACCCGGAUCAGCGAAGUUUAAGACUGCAAGAGAAUCUACGGGCCUCAAUCUGGACUACAAUAUAAUUACUUCCGCUGGAGGUACUCCCAAGCUCGCCGUGACCGCCAUUGCUACAGCAAUAACGAUUCUAUCCCUAGCCAUUUAAAACAGAAAAAGCAAAAAAAAGAAAGAAAGAAAGAAACGAGAAAACACAUGAACGAACUGUUCGCGCCUCUUAUCUUUCCGUUUAAAUGUACACGUUAGAAGUGGUAUUAUGCGAAUCAUACGUUUCCGGGGGAGUACACCAGAGACACACACGAGCACGAUGGACGAUAAAAAAAAAAAAAAAAAAAAAGAAACGAACACUUCUCGUGUGUAUAAGUUUUCUCCGUGUACAUCGAGUUUUUUGCCUGAUUACGACGCGUUAUCGUCCAGAUCGCGCGUCGCGUGAAAAUAAAGAAAUCGGCGAACAAUCGUACACCGCGCGGUUCACGAUUGUGAAGCGAGGGGGUGCUCGCUUCUAGACCGGUGCACAACAUUCCUGAGGUGAAGAGAACGCUUUUUUUUUUCUCUCUCGUUUAGAGGAUAAGUGGGUUCGUGUAAAACUAGUGAGAAAGAGAAGUGAGACGAAAACCCGGAGCGAGAUGUGUAUUUAUAUAAAUGGUACCUUGUUGAAAACUGCUCACCGUUAGCAAACGUACUGGUACGUUUUCUUUAUUUUUCUUUUUUUUUUUCUUUCUUACGUUUGUUCUCGUAUUCACGCCAAGAACAAGCACUUGCUGGUUCUUUCGAUGAUUCGCGCGUGUUCAGAGUUGAUCUGACCGCGGAUGGUCGAGUCGAUCAGGUCGACAACGUCUUCGCAGGAAAAGACGAGCGAGCGUGAAAGGAACAACGUUCGAACACCAGUACCAGAAUUAUAUUUAACAUCGUCGAUUCGUCGCGUAUUCGAUCGCGAGAAAAACGGACGACGGCGAUUCGGAUCGUCGCGAACGAGCCUCCGUUUUCGUUGACGCGCGGCUCGAUGGCGAUGCUGUUCUUCCCUUUUUGUAUGAUAAUGUGCUUCCAUUCGAGGAGUUCGUUGUUGUACGAUUAUCAUUGGUGGGGGAGGGGAAUUCCUCCGAGGAGUGGACUCGGUUCAAGUGGUUCUGUCUGUGUAGUUGGAUCAGAAGUGGCCAAGUCCGGUCUGUAGAAUAUAUCAGUAUUUCGGGAGGAAAAACUCUGGAAGUUACAAGGGACGCGACGCUAGCGCCACGUACGAUAGCGUCUCGACUCUCAUAACUUCCAGAGCUUCAUCUCUGCGAGGUCUCUGAACAUCCAAUUCCAAUAAAUCGAUUAAAAUAUUAUUUUUGGUAGUUAUUUCCCGUUUCUAUCUGAAAUAAAAUUAGCCCAGGCGUGGAUAGAGUAUCGUUUGAGGCGGGCGAUCGCCUCGGAGGCGUUCUCCUCGACAGCCAAUGAUCCAUUUUAGCGUACAGUGAGAGGCUUCGCGGGCCUAAUACUUACUGCCUUGAAUUUGCCAAAUGCGUAGUGCUAGAAACGCGGAGAGUGCGUCGUCGACCUAUCGACGACGAUGAGGGUGGAACGCGCGUACAAUUUCUGUUCUCGAGGGAGGGUGCAAGAGACGAGGUUCGGAGACUUCUGUAUUAAUUCCGAGGGAAUUUCCCGACCUCGCGCCACUGUGGCGGAAGUACAAAUAUUUUUGGAGGGAAAUUUUCACGCGGUCCGAUCUCGUGACGAUGGAGAACACACCGCGCGCAUCCAGAGGAGAUCGGAAACGAGGGGUUGGAAAAUAUGGUACCUUUUAGAAAUUAUGUUUGAAGUCGAGGUUGGAAUUUUAUGGAAUGUCUACCUAUUAACAAGAAGCGAACAUAGUAAACUGCAAACCUACGAAAUUUUGAUAGAAAAUUUUGAUUCGUUCAAAAGUUGUAGGCAAUUGUGUGGAGUACCGUGGAGUUCACUUUUGCCUGGACUGGUCGAGAAGCAAUAUUAUAAUAUAGUAUAUAUAACAGUUCAAGGUAGUAGACGAACAUUUCAUAAAAUUGCAUACCCAUCUGCAAAUACAAUUUCCAAAAUCUAGCUAAUUUUUCAGCCGAUCAUCCCAUCGUAACCCCUUAAAACAGUGAUUCUUAACCACUGAGAUCACGGCGUUCGUCGAUAGAUCAGAUUAGAUUCUAUUUGAUAAAAGAUGCACAAUUUUGAAAGAGAAAUGUCCAAUUAUGUUGGGUGUAACUCGUGCAGCGAACCCAGAUUCUCCUUCUAAAUUGUCCACGCGAGUCUCGAAAGGUUAAGAAUCAUCGUUUUGAAUCCGACACACCUCGAAUUUUCCCAUUCCGCGAGAAAAUCCGUUUUCGUCCGAGCUUGGACAGCCCUGAGGCCCGUGCAGGGUGCCCUGCCCGCGGGUCCGCAAUCGAUUCUCGUUUUCUUUCGGGCGCGAGUCGACGUUCGCGGACACGUCUCGACAUCCGCGACGCGUUUAGAGCCAAAGAACCGCAGAUACUUAAAUCAACGCUUCUCGUGUUCAACGCGAAACCCGCUGUUUGCUCGCGAGGAUAAGAUUCCACGUGACACGAUCCCCGAGGGUAGCGAGAGGAUCUCGGAGAGAGCGAUAUCUGCACGAACGGGGGAGCACGCCGAUUUAACCAUAUUAUAGAUUGCGCAUCAAUUAGUGUUUAGUAUUAUUAAUUCUUUUAUUUUUUUUUUUGGGUUCACUUCGGCCGAUCGCAUACGAUUUUUUUUCUCUCUUCUUGUCUACUUUUUGUGCGUUGUGUUAUAUUUUUUUUUGUUUUUUUUUUUUUUUUUUUUUUUUUAAAAAAAAAAAUUUUUUUUUUUUUUUUUUUUUUUUUUGCAACUUUCGUUAUUUGGGGUUAAAGUUUUAUUACUGAGUCAUCGGUUAGUCCUGCUUGAUUAGCUCUUGGACCAUACGUGUUUUAGUGCGCAUGAUGUGUGUUAUGAUUACGAUUACUAUUAUUAUUACUAUUAUUAGUGUUAGCGUUACGAUUACUUUUACCGUUACUGCUACGAUUAUUAUAUUAUUACGGCGUACACGACAGGGAUGGGCGGUGUUUUGUAUCGCGAAAAGUAUUCGACGUGUACCUCGCUAAUUUGUACUCUGUCGAACGAUUCGAAGCAACCUGAACGAUAAAAUACUUUUUCUAUAAAUUUAUAAACUUUGUACACUUUUUACGAAACCUUUACAUAGUUCGUUAUUUGUAAGCGAUUUAUAGAUUUAUACAACCUUCGUGGAUACUUUGGUUGUACUUCUGGAAGUUUGGUUGUUCGUUUACUUGUACGCACAAAAUUUGCUUACGGAAAGACUUACAAAAAAAUUGACGAAUAAUACUCAUAUAAGUUUCUAUUAUACAAAACACGAAGAACAAACGCAACACUCAUACCACAUACACAUGAAUAUAUAUUUGAUUCCUACAGAGUACAAUAUACCAGGUACGUGUUAUAAACAUUGGAUAUAUACAUUCAAUAUCUCCAGCAUUCCUCAAUAACAAAAACGAUUCGAACAUGUCCGUCCCUGCUGUACAUUGCUGCUACCGUCUACUAUAAUUAUUAUUGUUAUUAUUAUUAUUAUUAUUAUUAUUAUUAUUAUUAUUAUUAUUAUUACUAUUAUUAUUAUUAUUGUUAUUAUUAUUAUUAUUAUCAUUAUUAUUAUCAUCAUCAUUAGCGUCACUAAUAUUAUAUCUCGAAUCGAACACUGAUCACCUAUUGUACAUCGUACCGUCAUUACCAUUAGUAUUAUCGGUAUCCGUCGCGAGUGUUGCUGAUUUUCGUUAGGGACGUGAAAACCCGACGAUAGGUGCUCCCGGCGUCGCGACGGCUCGAAGUUUCCGGACGACUCCGUCGUGUGAGAUAAUAACACGAAGCAAAAUCACGCAACCCGUACUUGUCAACGUCGAAUCGAUCGACCAACCCAGAGAGCCAAUCGUCCCAACGAAUGCGACGGGUUCGUCGAACUUCGAUCCGUCUCGUUUCGCUCACUUGCCUGGGUUCUUCUUAGAUGUUAGAUUAUAUCGCAUGGCAUGCGCUUGUAUCGUUUCAGUUUCACUCCACUCCCAACCCUUUCCCUUUCCACCUUUUCAUCCCUCGUCACUUUUCGCGUAUCCAAUUAGCGCCGUUCGCCAGCGUUUCGUUGGGCGAGACUUCUUCAUUCCAUCGAGAACACCGUAACUUUUCUUUUCUUGUAUACCCGUGUCGAGAGGAUUCCGUGAUCGGUUUUAUGUGUAUGGUGUAAACGUUUAGACGAGUCCGUGUGUGUUUAGGUGUAGCGCAAAUUGUGAGUACCGAGGCUGCGCGACCGUUCGACACGUGACGACGGGCGUCAUCGUGAUCGUCGAGGAUCCCGAGGGUUACGGUUUCCAGGUUGCGUUUGUAAUUUGCAAUUGAUAGGCUAGGUACCCUCUGAAAGGGUGUUCGGUUAGAGUGGAACCUUUAGAAUAAGGAUGCUGAUCGGUCCAUACCGAUCUUCGUGUGAGGUCACCUGGAGGCAGGAGGUGGCUGUCGGGUGUUGAUCUUUGAGUGUUGAAUUUUAAGAUAAAAGUGAAUUUUACACCAGGUUUUUUUACGCCCUGUGCAAUCCAUCAGCCCUUCCGCGACAGAGUGAUGCAAGAAUCUCGAUAUUCUACGAAUAUAAAUAGCGUUUCGUAGGUUAACAGUCGCGUGUUGAACGCUCGUCCAGUCUCGCGUUUAGAUUCAUGUAAACGACCCAGACAGUUGUGUCUCGUGUAUAUUGUGACUCGGCCUUGUGGACAAAGAUGCAAACGUAGUAUGGCUUUAUCGUUAAACGAUCGACGACGAUUCGUUCACGACGAGCGAGGAAUGCGUGUAUCAUGUAUAUUAUAGAAAAUCAGUAAGCCAAGGAAUCUCAUAAAAAUCGUUCAGAAUCGAAAGUAGUCGAUAACCGAAGAGCCUCCGCUGUGCGAUGAAAAAAUUCCGUGGUUCCGAAGGAGGCAGCAGGAAAGUUCGUUUCGAGCCCUCCUCCGUCAGGAUGGAAAUGGGAAUUUAAAAGUCUUUUCGAUCGCGUGAACCACGGAACGUAGGAUUACUGUCGGCGUUAGAGUAAUGCAACGUUGCGUUUGUAAGAAUUGGAAAAUAAAUAUUUAUUGGAAAAUGGUUCGGGAACGCUUCCAUUCGUCCUGAUACUGUCUAGACUCUGUAAAUACCGCGCAAUGUAUGUUAAUUCUGCCAUGAAAGGAGGCGACCAUCUUGGAGACCAAACACCACUAUCGUACACAUACAACAUGAGAUGACGAUUCGUUUCUCAUUUCGUUUAACACGUUGACUGUCAAUUUUCCAUAUCUAGGAAUUCUCAAUGUUUGUCCUUUUAAUAUGAAACGUAUAAGUCUUGAAUAAUUGAUCGACAGACUCGUAUGUUUAAAGAUCGUGUCACCCGUGGCAGUCAAAGCGUUAAUUCGGCAACAUGAAAUGCAAAGUAAACGUGAAUAUCCAACAGAAAUAUAUGUCACAUUCCAACCAUUGAAUACAUAAACACCAGAUUCUCUUUUUAUGUGGUACUACUUUUAUACAUACCUUGGCUCUAUUAUACAUGAAUACUUAUAGGACCGACUGUAUCUAUUGGCUAAAUUAUGUGUAAAAACCUAUCCAUCCUUUCAUGCCAGUUUUCCACCAUGCGGAUUUCUAUAGAAAAUAAUAAGAAGAGAAUCAGGUGUCUAUAGUAUUUAAUCUGUACUUUAAUUACAAAAUCACUGACAAUGGCACCCCAAACCCCGACGUCGCUACCCAGCCACUGUAAAGUCGGGCACGAACUUCCGUUGAACGUCAGGGGGGUGCACGGAAACCAUUGGAGAGCGAAGAGAGAGCGAAAGAGAGAGUAGUUUCCUUGGAGGCUGCCUUUGAGCAGGGAUCGGCCGAAAAGCGUGCUCGUCGACGCGAAACGCUUCACGCCUACGAGACAAUAGCCCGAGAAGAGAGGCAGCGACGAAAACGAGCCCAGAAACGUCGCGCGAAAUCGUUUCUGUCCACGUGGAACCCUUUUCUUGCUCGUAUCGAUCUUCGCGAAGCCCGUUUGAACGAGAGCCAGGGACUGGGAGGGAAGAGGGAACACGUCCGUCGAAGCGAGCCCUCUUAAUUUGUACCGCGUCUGCAACGUCCACGGGACUUGGUCAGAAUGGGAUUCGAUUCAACCGUGUCCUAAUACAAUUUCGUCGAAGUUAAAUCGCUUUGGGAUGAGAAUCGACGCCGGGGAACGCUCUGACAGCGAGAACCCUCUCGUUUCUCUUUUUAUUCAAUUUUUUCUUUUCGCGCACCGCGUCACCGUGGACGUUUCACGUGAAAUUGCGCGAUCGUUGAUGAAGACUGGACCACAGAGAGCCAGGAAUCGUUGCUCGAGGCCGGAGCAAAAAAGUAAAAGUAUUUUCUACCGUUCGACGGUCGAAAGAUGCACUUGGGGGCAACGUGGCUACAAUUGAAAGCUCAUAAAUUCGUCUCCAUUUAAGCUACGUCAACAGAGCUUUACUUUACUACAUUAAAAGGUUGAAUGUGGAUUAGACUUAACCAUUCCAACACUGAAGUUCGUUCUAAAUACCAUGGUAUACCCCGAGUAACUAUAUUUAUUACAAUAUUUGUCGAUGGAUUGUCCGCGUCGAAUACUCAGGGGACGGUAAACUAUCACAGCACAGUGCCAUGUUUGUUUUGCCCCGCCUAUUCGCGUCAGUCUGUGGUGCCUCGGGGCACAUCGGGUCCCAGGGAAGGUCGAGGACCAUAGAAAGCAGAUUUCGAGAUUAAUCGCUGAAACUACGGGAUAAUGGUUCGCCUCUAACGCAAUUAAAACUCUCGAGGCUGGUGUCUCGUCGUCGUACAGGAACUUAUAAUAGCAAGACUCCGCGAAGUGCAAGCUGCUCUCUUCUUCGGACCUCUCUCUCUCUCUCUCUUUCUCUCUCGCUCCAUUUCGCGCGGGGGAUGCAAUUUUGCAAGUUAAAACGAACUCCACCGCGAAACUGAAUCGGGAGAGAUCAGGAACCAGCGCCGACGGAAUAAUUCCGCGGGGGAUGCAAAUGAGCUGCUGGAAGGGAAGCGCCACUGUGCAUCUUAGCUCGCUUCUCGGACGCGUUCCUUAAGAAUCCUGGACUAAAGCGUCGGUGCAAUUGGUACAGCGUGAAUUUGUUGUUGAAAUACUAGUGGAUAAAAGCAGUACAUGGAUCUAACGACAGAUACUCGGUAAACACUUUCCUGGACUAGAGUAAUCCAAUACUAUUAUUUUUAAUUCACGAUACGUAGAAGAUAGGUCACCAAAAAAAUUAACGCCAAUAUCUCCUAUGGUAGCCAACGCGACUUCCGUUUGAUAAGAGUCGCUGUACCGGACGCCUUCGUCCAGCAACGUGGACCAAAGAUGCUAAUGACCGUAAGAUCAAUCCCAGGAAUCCUAAACAGAGCCCCCCGUUAUAAAUAGAAGACGCAGUUCCGGAGAACAGAGGGAGAAAGAACGACACGAAGAGGGAACUGGAGUUCGCGGUAGCUCGCGAUAUGAAGUGCAGCGUGCAAUGUUGAGAACCGUGAAUCUAUUUUCGUGGAUAGGAGGCAAGGGAAAGAGGACGUGUAGCAUUCACCGCGACUUUUCAAGCCUGGUGCAUCCAUAAGGCGCGAUAACGCAAUCGUGCCUCAAAUGGUAUACGAGUUUAUACGGCCUUCCUCAAUUCUUGGUACUGGCGCCAAAACCCUUCUUCUUUUGUGCAUACCGGGUGUAUUCCAAAAAAAGGAGCGGUCGAACUCGAUUGGUCUUGUUCGCUACAUCGCAGGGCAUCGAAACAAUAGAUGAAAGUAAAAUUUUUGCCCGCUACCAUUAUAGUUUCGCAGAUAUAUUUUCGAAGAUCUUUUCAUCCCCUACAAUUUCAUUUCAAUUUUCUGCUCGCGAGAGGUGUGAGUUCGAUUCGAUUCACGAAUUCCAGGUCAUUUUCUUUACUUCGAACCCGAUCCACCUCGACUAUGACGUCCAAAUAGGAACAAUAGGCAUUCCCGUCAAGUUCCAACGGAAGCCAUUUUCCAUCGGCCGGGAAAAUUGUUUUCCACGGUCCAUUCUCGUUCUCAUCGUCGGUACAGAAUCGUCGAAUGAAAAUAGAGAACUCAGUGAAUGGUAAAAAUGACAGAAAAUUAAAAGGGAGCGCGAAAUUUCCGAGCAUUAACGUUGGGCACUACGUUUUCACCAGCUAGUUAUUCCCGCUAAAAGCCAAAAGAGAAGUCUGCCUCUCUCUUUGUCUCAUCCGACGGUUCUACAAUUACAAACGCUACAAUUCCCUGACGCGCGUAGAAUCGUUCCUUAACAUUCGUUACCGCCCCCGCAGGUCGUUUCCAUUUUCGCGUCCGAAAUUUUUCUGCUUUCUCGUUCGUUACCUCCCUUCUCCAUCGACGGGGUCGUUUUUCAAUCCUCCGCGUCGUUUCACGUCUGGAUAAUUUUCCCUUCGUCGACUGCUCCCUGGAAGAGCGUCUCUGGCCACGUAACACAGGGUGUAAUAAUGAGGAGGAUAAGUGGUUUGGAUAAUUUUUAAUCGUGCUCGUAUAGUUUAAAUAACACAGUGUCGCUGGAGUCAUGUCAGGUACACUCAAAGGUAGUCGUUGGUCCUCUACGAAAAGGGAAAUUAUCAAUUUCACGUGAUAUGAUAGUAGGAGCAAUAAUGCGAAGGUUUUUACUGUUAAUUAGAAAUCGCAACAUUAAUUGCGUGGAAAUUUAUUUUAUUCUAAUGUGGUAGCGUGAUGGAUAAAAUUAUAAAAUGGAGGAAGAGUAUCGGAGUGGCUCGAAAUAACUUUUUUAUUUUUAUGUUUGCACUUUUCCUCCUAGAAUUUAAAAAUGGUAAUUUCCUUUUCGAAGAACCAACCCAGUUGAGCAUGUUUAGAUACGAUACGAAUCCGUGUCCGUGUCGUAUUAAAUAAGUAAAAUGGCGGAAGCACGAUCCUGUCAAUUGCAGCGCUCGAGUAGGACAUACUUUUCUCAUUUUUCUUCUACCCUUGACGACGACGCGAAUAAUGAUCGCCACUACAAUUUACGGAUACGUUCUCUCGUUUUUUUCACCGUAUUACCAUCCGCGAUGCGUACCCGAGUUAACGAGAAUGGGAAUGUAAGAAACGAAAGCGCGAAACUCUCGAGCACAAAAGCGCGUGCUGCGUCUUUCAUUCGGUUUUCACGGGAGGCAAGAUGGAGAAAUAAAAAAAAACACACACACAC